GUGUCCACAUUCGUCCUGCUUCAACACAAACAGAUCCACCGAGCUUCGCUUUCACUUCUGCCCCCCGUCUGCUCCGCCGCAGGAGGAAGAGACGCUCGCACUGCUUUUAGUUGUUGUUCCUCAUUUAGUUUGUUCUUUGAAACAGUCUCUGCAGAGAUUCGUUUCUUUACGAGCCGAGUCCAGCAAGAGGCGCUAGUUAGUCGCUGAGCCUCAACCUCCACUCUCACUCCCGGUGUUAGCUAGCUAACGUCCCAACACCGCCAGACCUCCGUCCCUUCAUCUGCGCGCCGACAUGCCGGUGUACCUGGAGGACCCGUCUGUGCUCACCAAGGACAAGCUGAAGAGCGAGCUGCUGGCCAACAGCGUGGAGCUGCCGAGCGGCAACCCCACCAAGGACGUGUACGUGCAGCUGUACCUGAAGAACCUCACCGCCAUGAACGAGAAACAUGUGGAGACGACGUGGGACGCUUUCUCCAGCGACGAGGAGUUGCCGCCGCCCGUGGUCUACAACAGAAGUCGCUCGUCCGGCAGAAAAGCCACCAGGAAAACCGACAAGAUGCAGCCAGAUGAGCUGGAUGUGACCGUGCUGACCGACGACGGCCUGAGAGACUCGCUGAUCGAGCAGGGAGUGGUUGUGGGGCCAAUUGUGGCAUCUACCCGUAAACUGUACGAGAAGAAACUGCAGAAGCUGCUGGACGAUGGCCCCACACAGCCACCCCUGCCAGAGCUGGUCCUCGCCGAGAUACAAGUUAACCACAAUGGCCACUCGGAAUCCGACCUCUACAGUGACAAGGAGGAUGAGGGGACCGCUGAACCAGAACCUGAGCCACAACCAGAACCAGUGGCAGAGCCUGAACCAGCUCCACCAGUGGUCGAGAGACCGGUGAGGAGCCGAGGGAAGUUGCCCGUCACUACCCGCACCCGUAGCAGCCAGCACCAAAUGGUGGAGAAAAUCACAGCCAGUGACCAAAACACAAAAGUGGAGGAAAAGGUUGUUCUGAUGGAGCUGUACCCCAGUGAUUUCAACAGUCCAACAGGAAUCAACGCCACCUGUCGGCGACCCAUCCGUGGAGCUGCCGGUCGCCCAGUGAAGCCCAGUGACCUGUGGAACGACGAAAAUGGCCUCUACUCUCCUAAAAUCACCAAGACCACAAGCUCAUCCUCCUACACAGAGAGCCGCACUGUCAACAGAGUCACCAGCCUGCCCCCCUCCACCACCUCCCCCUCCUCUGCCAGGCUUCUGUCUGCAGCUCCCCCUGCCGGUCAGACCAAAGCAGUGCGCGCCGGCAUGUCCCUGUGGAUUAAGCUGUUCCUGCUGGCCGUCGUGGCUGCCUUCCUGUUCUUGGUUUACCAGGCCAUGGAGACCAACAGCAUCGCCCCUUUUUUAGCCUCUGACAAAGAAGUGGCCAGUGGCGGCACAGAAUAGAGAGCACAUUGUCUGAUGGGAAAGAGAAGCCCGUCUGCUCCGGUGUUUUUCCUCUUUUUUUUUUUUUCUUUUUUUAAAGUGUGAAUCUGCAUUGUAGCCAUUUUGUUCACAGGUGCUGUGAAGGUACCUCUGACAUCAUCCCUGUGUCGUAGUUUCUUUCUUUGUUUUCCUUCAUGAGGAAGGACGACAGUUUCAGAGACGUUUCCAAGGAUCUCCAUGACAUGUGAAAAGACAGUACAGCAUCUGCAGUUGUUAUUUUUGGUCCAACCCGUGACCCCUUGACCUCACUGUCCUUGAGGUUACAACAAAGCCAGCCGCCAGUCAAGUUUGAGAGACACAAACACAGUCGGCAUCACAAAGAUACAUGGACUCACUUUUUAUUGCCUUGUUUUAUUUCAGACUUGCAGUGCCCAUGUGAGUGUGUGUGUGUGUGUGAGAGUGAGUGUGUACUGAAUGUGUGAGAUACUUUUUUCACUCCUUGCCUGGGCUUUUGUCUCUUAGUCAUCAAAAGCCUUGAAGAUGGAAUCUGAACUUGUAAUGUUUUGUACUUGACAUCUUUGUUAAUGAGACAGGAAGGCUUGUUAUUAUAACCCAAAUACUUCUAAAUCUUCUCAAACAUUACGCCAAUAUUUUCUUAAUGUUCUCUUAUAAUAAAAUUGAAUGUCCCAGUGUAUUCUACUUAAUUAUGUAUUCACUGUCACAAAUA